AUGAAAUAUGGUUGCACAUUACAAUUUUUGUCAUCUUCAAGGACGUCGAUGUCGCGGCUAGUUAAGAAGGUAAUUACUACCUCAAAUGCUCCAAAAGCGAUCGGGCCGUAUAGAUAUAAACGUAGCCAAGCGGUAGCAGUAAAUGGAACUUUAUAUCUUUCUGGCCAGCUUGGUCUUGAUCCCAAAACGGCCGAACUGGUAUCGCCAAACGUCGUAGAUCAGACCCAUCAAGCUCUAAAAAACAUAGGAGAAAUUCUUAAAUCUGCCGGGUGUAAACAUACUGAUGUUGUGAAAGCUACCGUAUUGAUGACAGAUAUUGGAGACUUUGCAUUAAUUAAUGAAGUUUAUAGAAAUUGUGAGUGGGUCAUUUUUCAUAUAUCCAUAGAUUUUGCUGAGCCUUUUCCAGCUAGAUCAGCUUAUCAGGUUGCGGCGCUUCCAAAGGUUUGA